UGUAAAGCAAACCUUACCCUGCGAGUCAUCGCUGAGGGUUUAAAGCAUAUGUUUUUGUUUCUGUUUCGUGUGCAGUCAUUUGGGUUGAUCUUUUUUUAUUACUUUAAUUUGCAGUCACUCUCCCCGUAGGAACAUUUCUAUGGGACAGCACUCAAUUGAGACUUCCAGUAAUGUCAGGUUGCUCGGUUAUCCCUCUGACGUUACCGCAGUGGGACGGGGGCGCGAGGAGGAUUCGUGUUAUUUACCUGGUGGGUCUGACAUCGUUCAGACUGACAGAGAGCACCAAACAGGGUUCAGUGAUUCCGCUGUAUUUGGGAGCCGAUCUCCUCUCAAAGACUGAUGUCCGUACAGAAAACCAUCCAAGACACCACGCCAAGUUUGCCAAGAAAGGCCUUGCAACAAAAAUAACUUUUUCCUCAGCUUUCAGGUUUCACGGCUUGAAGGUACCCUCUGCAAAUAACAGCCUGUGGUUCUACAGCAUUCAGGGACUUUUUCGAGUAGCCUUUGAGUUGUACAGUAAGCAAGAGCAGCUUGCUGUGCUGGAGAAUUUCCAGGAUGUCUGGAAAGCACAGAUCAGUGACAGCCCUCUGCAAGUGAGUUACAGCCUCAGCGUGCAGCUGGACCCUUCAGGGUCCCUCAGCCAGUGUGACUCACAAUCAAAGGGUGUAAUAUCACAGCCUCCUUAUUGCCAGGCUGACAAGGAUGUGGUAGAUGUUAGUAGCAUGGACACUGCUGACACAUCAGCAGAUCAUGAUUAUUGUUCUCUUCCCAAGCAGAGCUUACAAUCUGAGCAAAGAGAAGUAGUGAUAUCAACAGUGAGACAAAAAUUGCACCGCUUGGAUGAACAGUUCUCCUCUGAGCCUCGAAGCUGCUCAGAGCAGCUGGAGACGGUCUUGCUGCUUUUGGAGAACAUCGAUCGCUACAUAAACGGGAGACUUGAAGAAAAAGAUGCGACGGAGAUUGUGCUGGCUCUGCUAAAGGCCAAAGACUGGGGCCCGGUGUAUUCAAGCAGCCUGCUCACCUGUAUAGGACGUUGGCUUGGCCAGCAGUUUCAUGCAGCCAACAGCAGCAUCAGCCAGAAGGUGGAGGGCUUUAAACUUCAGCACAUUGAGCGUAUCAGCGACCUGCCACCUGCUGAGGAACUAGCCACAGAGCUGUUCCCUGAAGCAAUGCGGACGCUGCUGCUUCACUGGAUGGGCUUAAGUGAGGACUUCAGCCUUGAAAAGAGACGCAGCGAGUACCCAAUUCUGCUCCUCAUCCUCGAGUUUGCCAACCACAACCUCAUCACUGGUGUAGCUCAUGUGUUGUACUCCAGUCUUAUAUGCAGGUAAAAGUGUCAACAUAAGACCUGUUUUUCAAUGGAACAACUUUUUAUAUUCAAAUAAAGGUUUAUUUUGUGCGUGUG